AUUUUCUACACAUUUUACUAUGUGCGUGCUCUCUAGGAAAGUUCAUACUACAAGCGACAACUCCUACAACACUAUUAGUUAACUUUUUUUAGAGGAUACUAAAAUUAUUAAGUAAAAUUGUACAAAUUGUAUGAUUAUUGAUUCCAUAAAAAACUAAAGCAAAGGACAUCUAAACGCAACUGUCAAUAAUGUCACUGUCAAUCAGGAGUUCCGACUUUUAGGUUAUGCGGAUUUAUCUAAGUUAUUUCGAUUAUCAUCAAAUAAAAAUUGUGGUAAAUAACUAUUAUUACUCAUUUUAUUUCGAGUAAUUAUUUCUGGAGUGCUCAUACGUGUACAUACGAGGCGAAAAUGUCGUUUCCCGAUAAACAACAGCGAAAAACAUGUUGGGACUCCAGAGAUCGUUACUGGGAAUGCCUAGAUAAGGAAAAUAUCAAAGACAAUUCAGAAAAGCCUAAAGCCUGCAUGGAAUUAAGAAAAGUGUUUGAAAAAUCAUGCCCUACGCAGUGGGUCUCGCAUUUCGAUAGGAAACGAGACUUUAAUGUUUAUAAAGAAAAAAUCCAGAAGGAGGGAUAUGAGCCAAUUAAAGAUUAACUUUCUUGUUGCUUUUUAAUGUUGUAAAUAUAGUUAUGUAGUAAAUAAUUGUUCACAUAUGUGUUGUUUUUUUUACAUCACUUUUAACAGUCUAAUUUGAAUUGUAUAGUUUUUCACAGUAGAUUACAUCAUGGACAGAUAUGAUAAAGUUAUAACUGAGAUUAAUGUGCGCACACAUGAUUUACAAAUAAAAUCAAUACAGGAUGUGUUAAUCUUAGCAAAACAGAAAAAUAAGACCAAUGAUCAUGCAUUUUGGAAUAAAAUUGCAGAAUUGUUAUCAGUCCACCUGAAAACAGGUUUACAACAAUUUGAUGAUCAGUUGCUCUGCGCAACAUGCUUUUACACAGUGCUUACAUAUUCAGACCAGCAAGAUGCAUAUUUAAGUAAAUUAUUGCAAAUGAUAAACAAAGAGUUAUUUAAGAAGAAUAAUCAAGAGAAAUCUACAGAGACAUCACAUGUGGUUUCUCUUGUGUAUGGAAUUUUCCAAUCAACAUUUCUCAUUCAGAAAACACAUAAUGAUGUCUCAAUAGUAGCAAGUGUCCUGAAAUCAACCUUUGAUUUACUAUUGGCUAUGGGAUAUGAAUACUCUCAAUACACAUUUAUAUCAUUCAAGACCAUGAAGUUAUAUAAAAAAGUAUGCAACUCAGAAUUGCAUGAUUGCAUUUUCCACAAAGAAAAUCAAAUAAAACUGAUAAACUUUAUUAAUCACAAUUGGGAAAAUCCUGUAACAGGAAUAAGGGAUUUGAAUAGAUCUCUAUUCCAGACACUCAUUGCUACAUUGCAUAAAGAUGAUUAUGAUACAAUAUUAAAAGAAAUAGAUGGUUUCUACUGGAAUAAGGCGAAAUACUUAAUGCUCUCUGAAAUAAUAGAAUACAAUAGUGGUAAGGUUAUGUCUUUGAUGCUAGAAUAUAAAUGGGUGGAUGGCCUUAUACAUAGUCUGCAUAAACCUGGUCUAGUCUCUGCCGGUGCAGACAUGUAUUAUGCAGUUCUAAAAUAUACUAACUUUGAAAAAGACUGGUGUAAAAUAUUUCUAAAGCCAGUCAUCAAAAUUCUCAAUGGACCAAGAACUAAGACAAUAGAAAAUUUUAAUAAUUUUUGGUGUUUGCCAACACUAAAGAAAUUUUCAACACUAUCCAAAAUAAUCCUUGAAGAAUUAGAAGACAUGGAGCAGACAGAACUUAAUCUCUUCAGCAAAUUGUGUAUUUUAAAACAAGCAAAUAAGUUAGGCAUUAUCGAAAAACAAUUAACUUCAACAAGUGACUACAAAGAAACUGAAAAUGCUGUCAUGAAUGGAAUAAACCAUUGUUACUCAUACAUAAGAAUGUUGGCAUUUGAUAUAAUCUGUGUUUCACCAAGAAAAUUAGUACCAAGUAAACUGGAAUAUGAUUUAAUACUAGAUUUCCUAUACAAUAACAUAAACUCAGACUGUACUGUAUUAAGAUUGAGUAUGCUGAACAGUUUAAACAAAUUCCUUACGCAGUUACAUUCUACAUUCAUAAAUGUUAUGAUAAAAGAUGAGAGAACUGAGGACUUGCAACUGUUACUUGAAUUCUGUACAAAAUAUCAGCAUUUUAUUGUUAACUCCAUCAAUGUGAAUGGUAAUUAUCAAAGAAAGAUCACAUGUGUGAAAUUGUGUCAUACCCUCAUUACCUGUUUAACUGAGAUCAUCAAAAAGAAAAGUAAUAGAUCAAAAACUAGUGUUACCCUCAUUAAAUAUGUAAAGGAUAAAGGCUGUUGGUUGCUUGCCACAGAAGAAUUUGUUUUGAAGCUAGUAAGUUUAUUAAGAGACCCAACAGACGAUUUAAGAGAAAAUGUUAUUAAAUUAUUACUCAAUCAUUACUCUGUUGAGUUAAGAGAACCAAGUAUCAUAAAGGUAUUAGUAAAUGAGGCUUUGAACAGCAUGAAGAGCAAGUUCUUUUACGAAAUCUGUUGUAGCCAAAGUAUGUUCAAAUUGUUAAGCAAUUUGAUACUUAAAGAUAAGCAGCCUGUUGGUGACUAUAAAAGUGUGGAAGACAUCUUUAAUCUUACAUACAAUGAGUUGCUUAAUGAGCAUAGAGAAAAGACUAAUAUAAUGCAGUCAAUUGAGACUGGAAAACAGUUGCAUUCCAUGAUGAGCAUUUUACUUGUGGUAUUGGAGACUUGUAUUUCAAACUCCUAUCAAAUUGAUAUCCAGAAGAUAAUGCCGGAAUUUUUAGAAGUAUUAGAAAGCGUGUCAAACCAGUUCAGAUGGGAAGAAGAAAGUUCAACUAGCUCGGAUUUCUCGAAAAUGAAUGAUAUGGUUGAAAAUAUAAUUGUUAAUUAUGGAUAUAAUUAUUCCGAUGAACAGGAUCAGACCAAAAUAUCUGGGUUGCAUCAAAUCGUAUUGAAUUGCCUAUGGCUGAAUGUGAAGACAACAUGUGAUUUAGCGUCAAUUUUAGUACAAUAUAAUGUGAACAAUGUUGAAAUGAGUGAAAGAUGUUUGAACAUUAUAACUCACGUAUUGGAGACAUCGCGGCAUAAAGGUGCCAUUGAAUCAGCGGGAGCCGCUCUUGGUCGAGGAAUCCAAUUUUUGACAUUACUGCCAUCAGAAAACAAAGUAUCAGGAGUUCCUUUCAGUUUACUAAAGUGUAAACUAAAUGAAUUGAUAUCAGAAACAAAUAAAAUGGCAUCUAUAACGCGUAGGGGAGCCGGUUUAUCUAUUAUGGUUCACAGGAUCGUGUCCCAUGAUAUGAAGAAAGGAAAGGUGGGUGGAUUACUAUUAUUUUCUCAAUCCAUAUUUAGAGAUGCAAUCAGAAAUUUUAUUUUUUGUCUGUUUCAGCCUUUGUUUCACUACUUCAUAAAUACAUUGUUACAAAUAUGUAACAAUAAGAUACAUUCGCCGAAUGAUGAAAAUGAAGCCAAUCAAGUGGAUUUACCAAAGGCGAUCUAUAUCCACUUCAUGACGAGAAUUGUGAUUGAUAGCAGUCUAGCUUCAGACAUGAUGUUCUAUUUUGCGGAUUUGGCCGAACUUGCAUUUGGCAAUCUUACUAGUCGUCAUUGGCAAAUCAGAAAUGCUGCUCUUCAACUGUAUGGUGCCCUUAUCCCAAAGCAAAUAGGCGAGAAAAAAGCUUCAGGUGACGAUGAAGAGACAAUAGCGACGGUUGCUUGUGAUGAGCUGCGGACACAUUCACCGAAGCUAUGGAAAAACAUAAUGGAACAGUUAACGCAAAGCAACGAAACUGAUAAAGUACAAGCUCAUUCAAACUUGGUGCCCAUCUUAAAUUUAUUAGCAAAUAGCGCAAAAAGAUACAGCUUUUCAACUGAUUUAACGGCACAAAGAAUAUCAGAUGACCACCUAUUACGCAAUCUAGUUAUACUUCUAAGUAGUCCAAUUCACACUGUUAGGCGUUUAACUGCAAAAUGCAUAUUUAAUAUCUAUAAUUUUAAGGAUAUUUUUAAUGUUUUGCACAAAGAACAUUCCAAUGUUGAGAACUUUUUACAUGGAGCAUUAAUUUUGUUAGGUCUGUGCCAUAAAUACUAUUCCUCAAAUGAACUUUAUGCCGAAAAUUUUACGAAGUUAGGACAACAUUUUGGUAAUGUAUUAACUAGUCAAAAUCACUCGUAUUUGUGCAAGGAACUGUUUGAAAAAAUAUACAACAGUCAAAUGAAAAUAGAAGAUGUAAGGACCACAAUAUCUGAAGUCAAUGCUAAUGCAUACUUUCCCGGUAUACACCUGUGGGCGGAAAAUCGUUUGAAAAUAAUAAUAAGUAGUAGUUCUUGGAAAAGCAUACCAGAUUUGCUGACUGUCGUUUUGCAACAAAGCAAUUAUGAAAAAUAUUGUGAAUUGAUUUUAUUAAAAAUCGAAUCUCGAGAUGUAAUACCGGAAGAAGUACUUCUGGAAAUAAUUAACAUUUUGUUAACAUUUGAGUAUAAGUACAGCAGUAGUAUAAUCUGGAAAAUCCUUUUUGAAAUAUCUUUGAUAACAAAUAUAUCUGAAUUUCUAGAUAUAACUGAACUCUUAGAAAAACUGGCAAAAGACGAAUCGGUUUACAUACUAAGAUAUAUUAUUCCUUUAGUAGCAAGAAAUAUUAAAGGCACUACAGAUGGUAAUAAAUUAAAUGUAGUGAAAAUUAUUGACAAGCUGAGUGAUUUUGAAAACUCUGAUGUUGAUAUGAGAUACAUAGCAGCAAUUAGCAAUAAUGAACUAGCUAAUCACUUCCAGGACUUACCAGAUUCUAUUAAAGUUACCUCAAUAAAAUGCGCUGUCAUGCUUUUACAAGAUGAAGAUGAGGAUGUAAGAAACUUAAAUGUAAACUUUUACAAGCAAUUAAGUAGACAAAAUUCACUUCUUCAACCAUAUAUUUGUUUGAAUAAUAUUUUAAAUAGAAAAUUUUUGCACACAAUAUUUACAGAUUCUCAUUCUAUACACAAUCUAGUCACAGAAUUAUUAGAAGUAUUACAAUUGAACCAUAGUGUGGAUGAAUACAAUCCAUUUUCAAAUGAUUCCAAAAAUAUUUAUUUGGAACCAGAAAUCCUGAAGCAACUCACUGAAAAGUUAACCACUUAGUCUAAUAUUUGAAAUAUAUUUUAUACAACACUGA